GUUAGUUACACAACAGUGAUUUUCAUGGAGAUUUAAAGUGAUGCGAAUUCAGAAAUGGACAGAAAUAAUUGUAGCUUAAGGGGGACGAGUGACGAUAAAUGUCUCCUCACCCUUUGAUCACCAGAGGGGCUCAAAGCAGCUUUCCCCCAAAUGUGUUCCGUCAUAUGGAAAGAAGAGCCACGUGUGACUGAGCGGCGCUGGAGCAGGUGACUGCUGUGCUCAGAUGGUCCAAGUGACGUGUUCUACAGACAGCAUUGCAGCGAGGGACCUCCAACGCAAAAUAUAACGCACAUACAUUGCAUAUACUCCAUGCACAUCAUUUGCCAGCUAAGGCCCCCAGAACAUUCCUCCUGUCCUCCAUGGAGUCGUGAUGGAGGACAGACAGGAGAACUGUGACUCCGUGCGUUUUCAGCCUUCUGGGAAGUUUGCCUCCGGGACACGAGGAGCAGAGAGGGACAAGCUGAGCUUCUGCGGUGGGUCUGGAUGGGUUCUGUCGCCCUUUUAUAUCAGGGUCACGUCACGUGCGUUCGAACGGUGGGGUUAGGGGGCACAUCUACGAAAAAAGGCACAGCGAAGGUGCUGGAGGCGUCUGGAGAGCGUCCACCUGCCCGGGGACCGUGUGGAAGGAAAGCAAGGACUCCAGCAGAUAAUAAAGUACAAUAUUUUAUUAUUAUUACCAUCAUACAACUGAGAUUGAGCCGAAGCGAUACGCAGAAUAGUCACGCAGUGAAAAGAAGGAGCGGGAGGCCGGGAGAACUGCUGGAUCCCAGUCCAUCAAGACCUUCUUUAACAAGACAGGUUAGUGCACUGUACGGAUGUCAAUAUGAUGGGAUGCAGUGAACAGAUCAUUUCCGCCUGAUUUCAUCCUGCGGGAGCUGAGCGGGGACCAGGUACUGGGGACCGGGAAACAAAAUGCUGAAUUCACAAGGCAGUAGAUGGACUUUGUAGAUUCCGCCCCUGUUGCCGUGCUAAUCAGCCACAGGUGCUGUCGCUGAGCUUGUGGGUGUUGGGGGUGACAAUAAGUAUGUGUACUGGCCACGGAGAUAAGGAACAAAAACUCACUCACACACACACACACAUUCUGAAACCGCUUGUCCCAAGCAAGUUCGCCACAAGCCAGAGCUUCACUCAGCAACGCAAAGCGCAGGGCUGGAGGGGGGGGGGGACGCACCCAGGACGGGACGCCAGUCCAUUGCAAGGCACCCCAAGCGGGACUCGAACCCCGGACCCACCGGAGAGCAGGACCCGACCGAUACAAGAUGGUGGCGCGGUCAGACGCAGCGGCUGCUCCGGGUCCUAAAAACGGUGUUUUAAUGUCAGUUAGUCUUGUCCCCUCGUCUUCAAAACCAGAGGAAAUACAACAGAAACAUCAGAAAGCUACACUGCAAUAUCAAUAUGUCUACGAUCGCCAGCGUCUUCUGGAAAUCGGCAAUGCAGGUAACCAUCAUCCGUCACCAACGACUACUGAGAAGCUAAGAGGCCUUUGUUUACUGCGGAAGCCAGACCCCGAGACCGCGGACUCGCCUAAGGCUGCUACCCGCACGAGGAGGUGCCGCAAGCGGUGUGAGAGGGGACGCAAACGCGGCAAGCGCGGAGGUAUACGAGCUAGGCUAAAGGCUAACCCCACAAGACCAGCUCUUCCAACAAUCUUGCUGUCAAAUGUACGCUCACUAGAAAAUAAACUGGACCUAAUUCGACUCUGCCGGACUACACAGCGUGAGACAAGGGAGUGCUGCGUGUUUGUUCUUACCGAAACGUGGCUAAACAACAACAUCCCAGACUCCGCCAUUCAGCUGCACGGGCUAACAUGCUACCGAGCGGACAGAGAUACAGCACUGUCUGGUUUGACUGGCACCUUAUCGUCUCGUUGCCAUGGGGAAACAAAACAGCAAGCUCAGGCCUGAGGUGCUUCAGGACCUGAGGUCCAACACGGAGUUCUCGGACCACGAGCUGCAGGAGUGGUACAAGGGUUUCCUGAAGGACUGUCCCACCGGCCACCUCAACGUAGAGGAGUUCAAAAAGAUCUACGCCAACUUCUUCCCAUACGGAGACGCCUCCAAGUUCGCCGAACACGUCUUCCGCACCUUCGACACCAACAGCGACGGCACCAUCGACUUCCGAGAGUUCAUCAUUGCGCUGAGCGUGACGUCACGCGGCAGGCUGGAGCAGAAGCUCAAGUGGGCUUUCAGCAUGUACGACCUGGACGGCAACGGCUACAUCACCAGGGAGGAGAUGCUGGAGAUCGUGCAGGCCAUCUACAAGAUGGUGUCCACGGUGAUGAAGAUGCCCGAGGAUGAGUCCACUCCGGAGAAGAGGACAGACAAGAUCUUCAGGCAGAUGGACCUGAACAAUGAUGGCAAGCUGUCGCUGGAGGAGUUCAUCAGGGGUGCCAAGAGUGACCCGUCCAUCGUGCGCCUGCUGCAGUACGAUCCCAGCACUGCGUCACAGUUUUAGACGGUCCCCUCUGCAGGGGAAACAAAUGUCAGGUGCAUGAAGGUUCCUCCCUCUGAACCAUUUAGAAGCUUUUCAAAGCAGUUUUUGCGUUAAAUAUGUCUUGGUUUGUCAAACCUGUGUUUCUUCCAUGGAUUCCAAGCAAUGACGUCUCAGCCCCCGGAGCUGCGCUGGGACCGGGACUGAGACUGGCACUAGUCCUACUCGUAGGCACACCUGUCACGCCCCCACCCCAACCCAACCCAACCCACCCUGUAGAGGUCCUGGUCCAGCUGCAUGUCAACUUGCUGCGGUCUAGUUAUUGUCACUGUGGGGUUCCGUUCCAGGAGGAGCGAGAGACAGAGAGAUAACCGUGGUGGGGGGGGGUGGCAGGUGUCCUGCUGACCCACCCACUGCGUCUUGUUAUGAGGAAUGUUGACACUCCACUGCCUGUGCUGUUACAUUGUCCAGAGCAAAUUCCACUAGUGAAAAUAUUUCACAUUUUUAUGCCAUAAAAGAUAUGAGAA